UCAAAUCAUGCACCCAAUACUUCCCUAUAUUUAGGAGCAAAUAUUGGCACUGCCACUUCCCAUCUAAAUUAUCUUUCUCUUCUGCCUUCUUUUUCUUUCUAUAAUUUUCCUUCAUAGUGGUAUGUGGAUCACUGCUCUUUUGCUUUAUCAGUUUUUUAAUUUUAAAUUUCAAACACCCUUUUCACUAAUUUAUCAAAUGGAUUUAGGGAAUGAGGUGCAGAAGAUUCUAAGCUGGACAUCUGUGUGUGGUAAUCUUGCACUUCAUUUGAUUUGGCUCAUCGUACACUUGAUCAUCAAUGUUUGGUACUCUGCAUUGGGCAUAGCUCGUGUGGUGGAGAAUACCCUUAUUUCUAGUGGGCUGCUAAAGAGUUACAAUGCCAUUAACAUUAGUAAAGUGCGGUAUCUGGCUGUUGUGAUUGACAGUGAAGAAGCUCGCCAAACUUCAAAAGUUCUUGAAUUAUUGCGUUGGCUUGCAUCUAUUGGUAUAAAAAGCAUCUGUCUCUAUGAUAGAGAAGGAGUGCUGAAAAAGUCCCAGACAGCUAUUAUAGAAGGAUUGAACAAAUCCCAGAAAGCUACUGCAUCAAAAAUCAAAUCCCAGGAAGCUAUUGUAGAAGGAUCCAAUCAUGGAACCUUGGUUGAGCAUGUAGACCUGGAGUUUGUCUCAUUUGCUGAUUCAAAACCUGCCGUGGCAAAAGCAGCUAAUUUACUUUUUGCCAAGCAUUAUGCCAGCACAAUACUAGAAAAGCCAAAUUUUACAGAGUCUGACAUUUCUGAGGCGCUACAAGCAGUAGGUUAUGGGGGACCAGAGCCUGAUCUUUUAUUAGUUUAUGGUCCUGUGAGAUGUCACCUGGGUUUUCCAGCAUGGAGAAUCCGGUACACAGAGAUCGUACACAUCGGGCCCUUGAAGUCCAUGAAAUUUGGUUCCCUCAUAAAAGCCAUCCACAAAUUCACUAAGGUGCAUCAAAACUAUGGCCAAUGAACACUGGCAGGUGGAGUAAUUUUCUUUCUACGACGACAUUGUUACACUUCUUACCAUUUACAACAUGCAGUUAGCUUCGUCUUAUAUAUUUAUACUGUUCCAAGAUUUCGUGCAAAAACAAAGAAAAUGUGGCAUCAAACCUUUAACAACUGGCCCUGUUUUAACUAUUGUAGUGCACAUUGUUAUAUACUAACUAAUUAGAUAUGCCUCUUCAGGAGAUUUUCUUGUGAAAAAUUACAGGAAGUUAUGAUGGUGUAUUAAUGAUGGGGGCAAAGCUGUGUUGAGGACAGUAGAAACUAUAUAGGGGGUGGGUAAUCAUAGUAUCUCCGUUGAAACUUUCCUCGUGUUGGUAAGGGUUCGCUUACCCACCCACCUUGUAAUCCCGAGCUCAUUUUCUCUACCCCCAUUUCUUUUUAAAGCUAUAUAGGGUGAAAAAUAUUGCUGUGUAAUAGCAAAAUGAUGUGCAGAUCUCCAACUUCUCCUCA